CCUCUCUUGGGGAUGUGUGGGAUUGAGAGCCUGUAGAAGUUGGAUGCCACGUCGUCGGGGUGAUUGCUGCUGGACUUCACAUGUUUCGCUUACGUUAGUUACUUUUCUGCAUAGCAAAGCAGAUAACUCCCCCCUCUCAGUGUACUGACAGAUAUCUGCUUUAUUAUUUACUUAGACAUGAUGCUGGAAUUUAGGCUGUACUUACUGUCAGCUCUGCUUUUUGGCAUUCAUGGCGCAAAACUUCCGGAGCCGGAGGUGAAAGUUGAAGUUUUGUACAAACCUUUUCUGUGUCAUCGAAAAACCAAAUAUGGGGAUAUGCUUCUGGUGCAUUACGACGGUUUCCUGGAGAGUAACGGCACAAGGUUUCAUUCCAGCCGUCAAGAGGGUGAUAAACAUCCAGUAUGGUUUACCCUGGGGAUCAGGGAGGUGAUCAAGGGAUGGGACAAGGGACUUCAGAACAUGUGCACAGGCGAGAAAAGAAAGCUGACCAUCCCACCCUCUCUGGCAUACGGCAAGGACGGCAAAGGAAAGAUCCCACCAGAGAGCACCCUGAUCUUUGACAUAGAGCUCAUAGAGAUCAGGAAUGGCCCCAGGUCGCACGAGUCUUUCCAGGAGAUGGACCUUAAUGAUGACUGGAAGCUCUCCAAAUCUGAGGUUAAAGAGUAUCUGCGUAAAGAGUUUGAGAGACAUGGAUACCCUCCCAAUGACACUCAUCAUGAAGCCAUGGUGGAAGACAUCUUUAAGCAGGAGGAUGAUGACCAGGACGGCUAUAUAUCUGCACGAGAAUUCACAUACCAACAUGACGAAUUAUAGAAACCAGUUACGCUCUUGUCAUUAGCAAUGUUCAACUUUAAAGAGAAAUGUUAAAUACAGCCUGUUGGUAUUGGUUUAAAUUUAUAUAUGACAAACUUCAGUAUCUGAAAAUGAAGAUGGCUGUUACAGGUUAUGUAAACAAGGAUCUGGUUAUGUGCUCAUGCCUGCUGUGAAUUUCUUCUUGAAAAUGACGCAAAAAUUACUUUUGCUGUCUUUUGAUGUGUUGAAAGAUCAAUCUAAUCUUCUAAAUUCAGCCAUGAUCCUUUGUACACUCCAAGAACUGUGAAAGAUGUGUGCCUUUUUUAUCUGGUGUGCCUGUUACCUGAAAUAUGGCACACUUACAGGAUAGCCUAUAGGAUAUUUUCAUUGUACGUUUAUAUUUUGCUGUGUUUUGCAACCUUACUUACUUUAUAAUGGAUCUAACUUGUAUAAAAGUUUUUUAAUGCUU